ACUUAUACCUUAUGAUCGUUUACUACUAAGGUUACAAUGUAUGAUUCACCUCUUAGGCACUUUCAAAUACUUGUAAUGGACUUUCUGUAUAUUGAAAAAACUCCUAACAGAUUCUCCUAGCCUGCAAGUUGGAUCAACUUUUGUUAUGGGCCAAUGCUCUCCAGUCAAUCGUCACAUAUUCUAUACAACCAACCUACUUUCCCCUAACUAGGCAUUAUACAAUCGCCUCAAAAAUUCAUAGCCAUCUCUCUAAAGAAUGGUGGUUCGUGACUCCACCUGUCUGUCCACCAUUCGUUGGGCCGUCUGGCGUACUGAGUUGAAAUUGCAGGUGGUUCGGUUUUUGAAAGGAAAUACCAACAGCAAAAAAGAAAAAGGCACAAGAGGAAAGGGACCGAUAUCCAACCAGCUUCAAUUCCAUGGCGAAUUGAAAUUGUUGAGAUCGUGAAGGCGUGGUGGAGCUUGUGAAAGUUGGAGUCACAGGCUGAUGCGGAUGACGUGUACGUAUGUUCAUAUCCGAAAUUUCAAUUUCCGGCAGCAACGAUUGAGAAUUGUGUAUGUUGAGUUACUUGAGUAGUGUGAUGAUGAUGAUGAUGAUAAGCUUGUUGGACAGGGAAUGCGAUUGCUGUUGCCGCGAUCACUCUCGUCUUCAUCGAUCAGUUAAAAUUUUGCAGCGAAUAUAUAUCGCGUACGUUCUGGUAGGGUAUGGCGAUGAAUGAAGACGUACCGGGCGCCGUGGGGACAGGAGCGAGCUUUGCUUUGAGAUUGGGGCAGGCCGCCUUCUCAACCGCCUCUCUUCUUUUCAUGUCUUUAGGAGUUGAAUUCUUUAGCUACACUGCCUUCUGUUUCUUGGUUACAAUCAUGGGUUUGGUCAUUCCCUGGAGUGUCACUUUGGCACUGGUUGAUGGAUACUCUCUGCUCAUCAAGUGCCCGAUUCGUCAGCGGGGAAUUCUUCUGGUCAUCAUCGUGGGAGAUUGGGCGUUAUCGUUCCUCACCCUAGCGGGGGCUAGCUCCACUGCGGGUGUUGUGGAUCUUCUCCUGAAAACGGAUGGAGCAUUGUGUCCUUCAAAGCUAUGCAAUAGAUAUCAAAUAUCUGCAGCCAUGGCCUUCCUUACAUGGUUUCUUUCCAUGACUUCAUCACUUUCCAAUCUUUGGCUACUUCCUUCCUUGUGAUGAUUGUUAGUUGAUUUUGUACACCUCACUAAUUUACACCCAAAAUGUAUUCUUCUUGCGCACAAACUUCUGCAGAAGUCGGGAGAAACUAGGAAAAAAACAACACACACAGAGACAAUUGUAUGUCCAGAUUUUGCCUGGUAACAAGAAUUUGAAAUGGGUCCUCUUAGAUGUCUUUGGGUGCCCAAAAUCUAUAUGGAUCAUUGUAUAUUUGUACGCAGUCAAAGGAUUCUUGAUUGUUGUAGUCUUGUAGAGAUACUUUCAAAUCCCCGGUAAACGGCGCCGUUUUAUCAAUCCAAUUGUUCACUUUGCUUUUCGA